AUGUGUGCACUCGCAGGAUGGGGUCGGCUUACGAACUUUGCCGCCACAGGACCUGCGACUGGCCCGGAGCAGCCUGGCAGCCAGAGCCGGAUGCAGAUUGCAGCUGGACGGCUGGAUCAUGGCGGGAGGUCAAAGCGCAACGCCCUCGGCAGGCGCACGAAUGACGCCGCCGUGGAGACAAGGGCGGCGGCGAUAACACGGCCGCUAGACACGGGUUUGGGCAAGUGGAUGAUCACGGCUCCCGGGCACCGUCUUUGCUCUCGCAGCGGAAGCGGGAGCAGUAGCAGUAGCAGUAGCAGUAGCGAAAACAUGCUGAUGUGCUGA